UUGGUCGAGUCGAGUCAAGUCGACUGGGGCGGUACCCGGCUAUUAACGAACCUCCGUAAAAAGGUCAAAUAGUUCAUGAAAUGUGUAUUAAAACGUCGUAAUAUUGCAAAGUGCUGCCUCUCGCGAGCAAUUCGACAACGACGUCACUGAAUAGAGGGGGUACUACCUGUGUGUAAAGUGGUACAGGUAAAUUUCUUAUCCAUUAUUGGUUAAAAGUUCAUUGUGUUUUUUUGGUAGUAUCGUUUUCGGUGAUAUUUCGAUCGAUUUUGAGGAACACUAUAGAUACCUACAUGAAAUAUAUUCUUCUUGUUCUGCUAGCCGCCCAGGCGGCGGUAUGUUCAUUACCGUUGCUACCGAGGAAUUCGAAAUAUUGCAUCGAUAAUUGCGCGUGUAAAUUUGGAAAAUUGCCAAACAGACUGCAGAUUGUCAAAUGCAACAAGCCCUUAGUGUUGAACGCCACUACUUUCCGGUAUAUAAACAAGGCCAUAAUAAAUGUGGUCAGUUUGGAGAACUUAAUUAUAAACCAAAUCCAAGAGAAUGCUUUCAAAGAUUUCCAUAAUUUAGACGAUGUUAUUGUAUUGAACACCAAGAUAGGAUCAAUUGAUGCGAAGGCUUUCAACAAUGUCACGAGGCUCAGGUUCCAGAAUUGCGGUUUCGAAGACAGUCCAGAUCUGUUCUCGGAGAAGCUCGAGGAAAUCCAUUUCGGCGGCUGCAAUUUGGAGGAAAUCCCCGAUUUAGGCGGACUGUUGAAAUUGACUUUUCUCAAUUUGACCGAUAACUAUUUGAAAAACAUCGAAGUCGAAGCGUUCGCUGAACUGUUCGAAUUGGAAGAGCUGUAUCUUUCGAACAACGAAAUAUUCAGAUUGCCUGCUACAGCUCUAAUCAACAACCGAGAUCUAAUAACGUUGAAUUUGGAUAACAAUCCUCUCAAAAGUUUCGCUUUGAACACAUCGGACAGUUUGGAAACUUUGUCAUUGAAGAAUUGCCAACUGGAAACUUUCGACGAGGAUUCUACUCGGAAAUUGACUUCGUUGAACGAUCUAGUACUCAGCCAUAACAACAUCAGGAAUAUCAAUUCCAAGGCGCUGAGCCACAUGAGUGAAUUGUCAGUCAUUGAUCUUUCUUACAACAAACUGACUAACUUGGAUGAUAACGUUUUCGCUGAAAAUAGGAAACUAAUCAAAAUCACUCUCGACGGUAACGAUCUUCAACGAUUGCCGAAUUUCUAUCUGAACAACAACGAAGAUUUCUCACUGAACACCUUCUCUUGUAAAAACUGCAAUUUGAGCGCACUGUCAAGUUCGGUGUUCGAAAACAUGGAAGGCAUGAUUUAUUUGGAACUUUCGCAAAACAAACUCAAGAAUGUCGAUAGCAGUUUCGAAAAGAUUACCAGCCUGAAACUCUUGGACAUUUCUCACAAUGAUAUCGAAUACUUGGCGCCGCAGGCUUUCGUUAAAAAUAGCCAUUUGGAGUCUUUGAACAUUGCCGGCAACCCUCUGAUAUCAUUGAAUCCGGAAGUAUUCGCCAACAACACGGACCUAAGAGACAUCGACGCCAGAAACGCUUCGUUGGAAAGAUUGUGGUCGAAUUACAACAGAAAAGUACCGUCUCUGCACAAAAUCCUCCUCAGCGGUAACCAAUUGAGCGGCUUAACCGAAGACGAUAUUAAACUAAUGCCGAAGCUGGAGGCCAUCGAUUUGAACCACAAUCCGAUUUCCUUCAAUUUGAACACCUGCAAAGUCAUACACCAGUUGAAAACGAACCGCGUCAUUCCCAUACAGUACACGAAAGAGAUCAGCAACGAAUACGAGAAAUCCUUCGGCGAGGAUAUCGAUGGAUUCAGCACCAUCGAAUGGAAGGACUUCCAUCGCGGAGCUUGCCCCGAAUACACCACCGAAGCCCCUACAACGACUCCUCCGACUACCAAAUCUGUUCCUUCUAAAAUCGAAACUCUAGACGAAAACGACAUCGACGAUGACGACGAUGAUGAGGAGGACGAUGAUGAUUCUGAAUAUAACGACGAUGACGAUAGACAAUACGAAUACGACGAGCCGGAAGAGGAAACUUCCAGCAGACUGCUUAAAGACGAUACGACGCUGGCCAGGGCUACUUACAUUUUAUCGGUGACAUCUGUAUUCGUCUUGAGCGCUUUGGUUGUGUUAACGAUAGCGGUAACGAUAACGUUGUGCAUCCUGCGGAGGAAUAACAAAUUCGAAAUGCAAAGAGCCAAUCUUCCACGUCUGAAGAUUCCUUUGUGGAACACGGUGUCUGGUCAAAAGAAGCACAGCGGAUCGGUCUACAGGCCUUUGUCGGAGGAUCUUUCUGGACCGAAAACGCCGAAGCUGAGCCGUUACGAGUUCACUUCUACCCCCGUAGUUCACAAUGCUUAAUUAGCUAAUUAUUAAUUAAACGACUUAUACCUACUUUGUGGUUUAUAGGCUAGUGUGCAGUAAUUACCUAAUUAUUAUAUUACAUGUAGUCCAUUAUUGGUUUCUUAUGAAAUAAGUCAAAUCAGUAGUGUCACGUAGAUCAAAAUACGUGUCGGUAAUUCUUUUGCUAUUAAAAAGGUAUAUUAAAUCUUGGUGAAAAUCUAGAAACUCUAAUAUCGUAAUAAUAUUGAGAAAAAUCUGUACUUAAACAAACUUUAGGUAUUACACAAGUAUUAUAAGAAUUUCUAGAUUUCAUUCGAUCUAAUUUUAUAUAGUAUCUACAUAUUAUAACAGUCACUGGCACAAUAGUAUAUAGAAAAUUGUUUAUAUAUACGUAUUUAAUGAUAUUGUAAGUUUAGAAUAAUGGAUUAUAACCAAUUAAUAAGUUACUAUUCAUUGCCAUAAAAAUAUCCAUAGAUUAUCACUUUGUUCUCAUUAGCAACAUCCUUAAUUGGUCAAAUUCAGUACUUACAAUUAAUGUUUAAGGUUGAAAACAGUUGUCAAUAAAUUUCUGUCAUUGUAUUUUAAUAGAUGUAACCCAAAAAGGACGAAUUACAACUGAUAAUUUC